AACUAGGACGUUUGAUUAUAUCAAUGAGAGAGAAAUGACAAAAUGAUAACAAAUGAAGGAAAAUUGGAGAGAAGGGAGGGAAAGUGAGUUUGAAACACUGUAUAGUGUAUACCGCAUUCCCCAUUCCCUUUCAAAAUUCAAACCCUAAUCCUGAUUUCCGAACUCCCCAUUCCCCAACUUGUUACGGCGCACCCAACUCCCUACCACUCCUGUAUUCAAGUCGACAGGCUCAGGCCUCCAGCCACUGCCGCCUGCCGCCAGCAGUGAGCCUCCGCCCGUCGGCUGUGAGCUGUUCUAUAACAUCAGAAAUUUGAUUUUAAGUUUAUUCAAUCUUCUGGGGUCUCUUAUUGGAACAUCUACUCUGUGUGUCUCAUUCUCCUUGUUUAAAACUUUGAGAUUGAGGCAUACAGUGCUUUUCUAUUUGGUUGAUAUGAACGAGAAAAACACAGCUGCGAACAGAGUAGAAGAGCCUAGUCUUCGAAUAACAAGAGCACGAGCAAAAUCUCUUGGUACAUCAGGAACUUUGAUUCAAAAGCCUCCUCUGUCUAAACAAAGUCAAGCUCUUAAAGAAAACUCUAAGAGAUUAGCAUCAGAUGAGAACAAAUCAACUCUUCCAUUUCCUAGUCUUAUGAAGAAGAGAAAAACCACACUUACAGAUGUUACCAACGUACUUUGCGACAAAUCAUAUGCACACUGCUGCACCGGAGGGAAAUUUCAGAAAACCAAGCUAGAGAAGAAAGGCCUCAUCAGAAAGAAUGGUAAAGUGCCCCCAUCUAUCCAUGGAACAAUACGUCAUCAGGAUGAUCCGAAAGACAAAAUUGCUGAAGAUAUAUCAAAAUUGACAGUAGCACCUCUAAAGAUUGCUCCAUCAGCAAAGCAGAAUUCCACAAAUAUUUCAAAUUUCGAUGGAGAAUAUCAUAAGUGGACAAAACUGGAAGAUAAUAAACGAAUUAAUGUUAUCUCAAGUGAAAUAAAAGAAAGACUUGUGACUGCACAACUUCUUCAGAAAGAAACGAAACAUCAUGAAAAAAUUGGAGAUUUGAAGCAUCCAAUUGUUAUAGAUAUUGAUAGGAACCAAAAGGAUCCUCUUAUGUGCAACAUCUAUGUUUCAGAUAUAUAUGAGUACAAACGUGUAAUAGAGCUCAAUCAAAGGCUUUCUGUGGAUUACAUGGAAAUGGUUCAACGUGAUAUCACACCAAGCAUGAGAGGAAUUCUGAUUGAUUGGCUUGUAGAGGUUUCCGAAGAGUACAAAUUGGUCCCUGAUACUCUUUACUUGACAGUAAAUCUUAUUGACCGUUAUCUUUCUGGAAAUUUCAUUGAAAAGCAAAAACUGCAGUUGUUGGGAGUAGCAUGCAUGUUCAUUGCCUCAAAGUAUGAAGAAAUGAAUGCCCCACAAGUUGAAGACUUUUGCUACAUUACAGCAAACACUUAUGCUAGAAAAGACGUACUGAAAAUGGAGAGGAAAGUUCUGAACUUUCUCUACUUUCAACUAUCCGUUCCCACCAUAAAAACAUUUUUAAGGAGAUAUAUUCAUGUAGCUCAAGCUACUUACAAGGAUCCGUUGGUUAACUUAGAGUUCUUGGCAGAUUACUUAGCUGAAUUGACUUUAGUAGAAUACAGCUUUUUCAGAUUCCUCCCUUCACUUAUUGCUGCAUCUGCAGUAUUCCUCGCCAGAUGGACACUUGAUCAAUCUGAUUAUCCUUGGAACCCAACAUUGGAGUUCUAUACUAGCUACAAGGUCACAGACCUCAAAGUUACAGUAAUUGCCAUGCAAGACUUACAGUUAAACACUAUAAAUUCCCCACUCAACGCAAUUCGUGAGAAGUAUCGGCAUGACAAGUUCAAUUGUGUGGCAAAUCUAUCAUCUCCUGAUCCGGUUGAGUCUCUUUUCUGACGUCCAAAUUCCAAAUGUAGCAGAUCCAAUAUUGUACAAGCGGAGUUAAGUUAAGAUAAAUAUUCGUUUGACAUUGAGAAUGGUUGAUCUCUCGAAUUAGUCCAAAACCAUCUUUGCAACUCGUUUUUCUCUUCCUCUUACGUUAAAAUUCUUUCACCUGUCUAAAUUUUUUGUUGUAACAUUUGUUAUCGUUGUGUUCUGGCUAUCUCAGAACCAUGCUUUAUCGAGGACCUGUGGCAUUAACUUGCAUAUUGAAAAUGCCCAUGUUUUACUUAAGAGUUAUUGUAAUGUAAACAUCUGUAACAAAACAUGCAAUUAGUAUAUUCCAAAAUAAAGUUCUCACUUGUAUAGUGGUGUUUGAACC